AUGGGGUCACACGGCAAGCCACCGCUACCGUACGCGUACAAGCCACUGCCCUCCGGCGCCGCCGCCGCCGCCGACGCCGACGGUGAGCGGACCGGCUGGACGAGGUGGCGCGUGUGCGCCACCGUGCUGACGGCCUCGGCCAUGGUGGUGGUGGUGGUCGGCGCCACGCUCCUGGCAGGGUUCAGGGUGGACCAGGCCGUCGACGAGGAGGCCGCGGCCGGGUUCCCGUGGAGCAACGAGAUGCUGCAGUGGCAGCGCAGUGGCUACCAUUUCCAGACGGCCAAGAACUACAUGAGCGAUCCCAACGGUCUGAUGUACUACAAUGGAUGGUACCACAUGUUCUUCCAGUACAACCCGGUGGGCACCGAUUGGGACGACGGCAUGGAGUGGGGCCAUGCCGUGUCCCGGAACCUUGUCACGUGGCGCACCCUCCCUAUUGCCAUGGUGGCUGACCAGUGGUACGACAUCCUAGGGGUCCUCUCGGGCUCUAUGACGGUGCUACCCAAUGGCACGGUCAUCAUGAUCUACACGGGGGCCACCAACGCCUCUGCCGUUGAGGUGCAGUGCAUCGCCACCCCCGCCGACCCCAACGACCCCUUCCUCCGCCGCUGGACCAAGCACCCCGCCAACCCUGUCAUUUGGUCGCCGCCGGGGAUCGGCACCAAGGAUUUUCGAGACCCGAUGACCGCUUGGUACGAUGAAUCUGAUGACACAUGGCGCACCCUCCUUGGGUCCAAGGACGACCAUGACGGCCACCACGAUGGGAUCGCCAUGAUGUACAAGACCAAGGACUUCCUUAACUACGAGCUCAUCCCGGGCAUCUUGCAUCGAGUCCAGCGCACCGGCGAGUGGGAGUGCAUUGACUUCUACCCUGUCGGCCACAGAACCAGCGACAACUCAUCGGAGAUGUUGCACGUGUUGAAGGCGAGCAUGGACGACGAACGACACGACUACUACUCGCUAGGCACGUACGACUCGGCAGCAAACACGUGGACGCCGAUUGACCCGGAGCUCGACUUGGGGAUCGGGCUGAGAUACGACUGGGGUAAGUUUUAUGCGUCCACCUCGUUCUAUGAUCCGGCGAAGAAGCGGCGCGUGCUGAUGGGGUAUGUCGGCGAGGUCGACUCCAAGCGGGCUGAUGUCGUGAAGGGAUGGGCCUCGAUUCAGUCAGUUCCAAGGACAAUUGCUCUCGACGAGAAGACCCGGACGAACCUCCUCCUCUGGCCCGUGGAGGAGAUUGAGACCCUCCGCCUCAACGCCACCAAACUUAGCGACGUCACCCUUAACACCGGCUCCGUCAUCCAUAUCCCGCUCCGCCAAGGCACUCAGCUCGACAUCGAGGCAACUUUCCACCUUGAUGCUUCUGCCGUCGCUGCUCUCAACGAGGCCGAUGUGGGCUACAACUGCAGCAGCAGCGGCGGUGCUGUUAACCGUGGCGCGCUAGGCCCCUUCGGCCUCCUCGUCCUUGCUGCUAGUGACCGCCGUGGAGAGCAAACAGCGGUGUACUUCUACGUGUCUAGGGGGCUCGACGGAGGCCUCCAUACCAGCUUCUGCCAAGACGAGUUACGGUCGUCACGGGCCAAGGACGUGACGAAGCGGGUGAUUGGGAGCACGGUGCCGGUGCUCGACGGCGAGGCUUUCUCGAUGAGGGUGCUCGUGGACCACUCCAUCGUGCAGGGCUUCGCGAUGGGCGGGAGGACCACAAUGACGUCGCGGGUGUACCCGAUGGAGGCCUAUCAGGAGGCAAAAGUAUACUUGUUCAACAAUGCCACCGGUGCCAGCGUCACGGCGGAAAGGAUCGUCGUGCACGAGAUGGACUCAGCACACAACCAGCUCUCCAAUAUGGACGAUCACUCGUAUGUUCAAUGA